CAAAAAUGGCGAAACAAGAAGAACCAUGGAGAAACAGAAAACAAAAUUAGCCGACCGCUUUUAUCAAAUUCUCGUAAAAGGCACACAGAACAAACCAAACUCACGACACGGAGCCGGAGUGUACGGAUUCAGUGUGAUUGCUCUCUGCGUAAUGGCUGCAAUGGCUUCAUGAUACCGCUGUUAUUAUCAUUAUCCUCUUACCGAGUUCCGUAGAGAAGAACUCAGCGAGUUGUGGACGGAGAGAGAAAGGAAAAAAAGAAAGAGAAGAAGGAGAAGAAGAAGACGAAGAAGAUGAGGAGGAGGAGAGUGCUGGUAUGGUGUAGGAGGAUGCUAACAUGCGCCAUAGGUGCAAUAGCUCUGGUGGCUCUGCUUUCCGUCCACGUACACAUAUUUCCUUCCUCGAAAGUUCCCAAAUUACCCGAUCUCUACAAGCUCCCAACAGUCGCCCAACAAAAUGAGAUUAAGUACGACAGUUUGAGAACUGAGGGAAGCUGGACAAGAGAGCUGGACUCGCCUCAUUUGUUGAAAGCUCCUAUGGUUCCUACCAACAAGCAAGAUGACAUCAAAACAAAGUAUCAAGGUUUGAGCACGGAACAGAACUUGUUACAGGAACUGGCUCCCCCCCAUUUAUCAAAAGCUCCAGCUUCUUCUCGCAAGUUGGAUGGUCCAAGUGUGAAUGUGGAUUUUACUAAGCUAUGGAAGCCUCCUUCAAAUCGUGAUUUUGUCCCCUGUGUACAGCCUAGUUCGAACUAUACUUCCCCUACAAAGUUGAGAGGUUACCUUCUGGUUCAUACAAAUGGUGGGCUCAACCAGAUGCGUGCUGGGAUAUGUGAUAUGGUAGCUGUAGCCCGGAUUAUAAAUGCCACCCUUGUAGUUCCUGAACUUGAUAAACGAUCAUUUUGGCAAGACUCCAGCAACUUUUCGGAUGUUUUUGAUGAAGAUCACUUUAUUAAAACUUUGGCUUUUGAUGUUAAAGUCAUAAAGAAGCUCCCAAAGGAAAUUUCUUCAGCUACCAAAGUUGUUAAGCAUUUUAAAAGUGGAUCUGGUAUGGAUUACUAUCAGGAUGAGAUUUUUAGCAUGUGGGACGAAUAUCAAGUUAUUCGAGCGGCCAAAUCUGAUUCUCGUCUAGCAAAUAACAAUUUACCUUCAGAUAUUCAAAAGCUACGUUGUCGUGCUUGCUAUGAGGCCCUUCGGUUUUCUCCUCGAAUUGAAGCAAUGGGAAAAUUGUUGGUGGAAAGGAUGAGGUCUUAUGGUCCUUACAUCGCGUUACAUUUAAGAUUUGAGAAAGAUAUGCUUGCAUUUAGUGGGUGCAAUCAUGAUUUAACUCCCAGUGAGGCUGCUGAACUGAGGAAAAUCAGAGAAAAUACUGCAUAUUGGAAAGUGAAGGACAUUGAUGGCAGAGAACAGAGAUCCAAGGGUUAUUGCCCCUUAACUCCCAAGGAAGUUGGAAUAUUUCUUACAGCUCUUGGAUAUCCAUCUAGUACUCCUAUAUAUAUUGCUGCUGGCGAGAUAUAUGGGGGUGAUUCUCGCAUGGCUGACCUGCGAUCACGUUAUCCAAUGUUAAUGAGCAAGGAGAAAUUGGCUUCUGUUGAAGAGCUUGAGCCAUUUAUCAACCAUGCAUCUCAGAUGGCUGCACUUGAUUACAUUGUGUCCGUUGAAAGUGAUGUAUUUAUCCCGUCAUAUACUGGGAACAUGGCAAGGGCAGUUGAAGGUCAUCGUCGAUUUCUAGGCCAUAGGAAAACAGUAUCUCCUGACAGGAAAGCCCUUGUGCGAUUGUUUGAUAAGAUCAAACGUGGAGCACUCAAAGAAGGCAAAAGACUAUCAGAUCGAAUAAUUGAAAUCCACAAAAGCAGGCAAGGAUCGCCUCGGAGGAGAAAGGGCCCAGUUUCAGGAACAAAGGGCAUGGAGAGAUUCCGUUCAGAAGAACCAUUUUAUGAAAAUCCUUUACCAGAUUGUUUGUGUCGCAAGCAAUUACUAAAUCAAAAUGCUUCGGUCGUGGUGAGGUAAAAUGAUAUAACUGGGGAACAGAUUUUCUUCAAAGAAAGAUCUCCUAUACAUGGCUGUGGCACAUCUUUCUCAACAUUAUUUAUUGGAAGUUUAAGGGGCAGCUGCCACUUCAGGGACCAGAGACGCGGAAUGUGUAUAUCCUGGUUUAGAUAAACCGAGUUGGUAUAUAGCCAAGGACACUGGUUAGGUUCCAUUAGUUUAGGAGCCUAGAUAAACUGAGGCUAAGGAGACCUGCAAUGUCAAGGCACAAUUUCCUGGUGCUAUGCAAACUUUGCACAGUUUCAAGAGAAAA